AUCAAACGAAAUAAAAAUUGGAAUGAAACUGAUGAUUUCUAUUUCAACAAUCCGUUCAGUUUUUAAAAUUCCAUUGAAGGCCUUGAAUCUGUUCGACUUGACCUAGGGCAGCGCGUGGGGCAUUUGGGAACUGACUGCUGCUGAGCGCAAGCUUUCCCCUAACUUCUCUCGCUCUCUAAAGCCUCAGCUGCCGUUGUUGCUCUACACUCCGCAGAACGGCCACACGGAGCCGCUCUCGCACUUCUUCGUAGUUUCUCACAUUGAGCUCACUCUCUCUCGUCCUCUCCCUCUCCCUCUCGACAUAGUUGAUAUCUUCUGCCUAUUUCCUUUGUUGUUUUUGUAAGUCAAGCGAAGAUGGUGAAGAAGAAAGAGAAGAAAGUGAACGUCUCGGGAAAGCCGAAGCAUUCGCUCGAUGUGAAUCGAGUAGGAGAUGGAAUCAAGGAUGGUCGAAGUGCGUCCACGGUUCGGCGCCUCAAGAUGUACAAUUCAAGGCCGAAGCGUGACAGUAAAGGAAAGAUUUUGAAGCAUGAUCUUCAGUCUAAGGAGUUGCCUUCGACACGAAUCCAACCCGAUCGACGCUGGUUUGGGAAUACUCGAGUUGUGAAUCAGAAGGAGCUUGAAUUCUUCCGUGAGGAACUCCAAACCCGGAUGUCAAGCAACUACAAUGUCAUCUUGAAGGAAAAGAAACUGCCCAUGUCCCUGUUAAAUGACCACCAGAAGCAAGCAAGAGUUCAUCUUCUUGAUACCGAACCUUUUGAGGAUGCAUUUGGACCUAAGAAGAAGAGGAAGCGUCCAAAGCUCAUGGCAUUAGAUUAUGAGUCAUUAGUAAAGAAAGCUGAUGGUUCUCAGGAUGCCUUCGAACAAAUGCAUAAUGCUAGUGCUUCUGCUGAAGGAAGUGAAGGAGAUGGUUUCAGGGAGUUGGUUCGGCAUACAAUGUUUGAGAAGGGUCAAAGUAAACGUAUAUGGGGUGAGCUCUACAAAGUGAUAGAUUCUUCAGAUGUUGUUGUCCAGGUACUAGAUGCAAGGGACCCACUGGGUACACGUUGCUACCAUUUAGAGAAGCAUUUGAAGGAGCAUUGCAAGCAUAAACACAUGGUUUUUUUGUUAAACAAGUGUGAUUUGGUUCCUGCUUGGGCUACAAAAGGGUGGCUUAGAGUGUUAUCAAAGGAAUAUCCUACGCUAGCAUUCCAUGCAAGCAUCAACAAGUCCUUUGGCAAGGGUUCACUUUUAUCAGUAUUGAGACAAUUUUCUCGUUUAAAGAGUGACAAGCAAGCAAUAUCUGUGGGAUUCAUUGGUUAUCCCAAUGUUGGAAAGUCGUCUGUUAUUAACACACUUCGUACAAAGAAUGUUUGCAAGGUUGCCCCCAUUCCAGGAGAGACUAAAGUCUGGCAGUAUAUAACACUGACAAAGAGGAUCUUCUUGAUUGACUGCCCUGGAGUUGUUUAUCAUAACAAUGAUUCUGAAACAGAUAUUGUGCUGAAGGGUGUGGUACGUGUUGCAAAUUUGCAGGAUGCUGCUGAACACAUAGGAGAAGUUCUAAAGCGUGUGAAGAAGGAGCACCUCAAAAGAGCAUACAAGAUAAAAGACUGGGAUGAUGAAAAUGACUUUCUUGUUCAGCUAUGCAAGUUGUCUGGAAAACUGUUGAAGGGUGGGGAACCCGACUUGAUGACUGCUGCAAAGAUGGUGCUUCAUGACUGGCAGAGGGGCAGGAUACCAUUCUUUGUGCCACCGCCACGGCAAGAAGAAGAAUCAGCAGAGGAACCUACUCCUACUGUCUCAAGUGCAGAGGCAGGAGCAGUGGAUAGUAAUCAGGAAUCAGCUGCUAGAAGAGCUAUUGCAAAUGUCAUUUCAUCCCAGCAGCUAAUGAAUGUUCCUGUUCAGAAAGAUCUCUUCAACGAGAAUGAGUUGGAGGGUGAGACAUCUGAUCACCCUCCAUCCAUGGACUCCUAAUUUUUCUUUGAGAGAAAGAGAGAGAGAGAGGGAUAGAGAGAGAGGAUCCAAAUCAUUUUAUGUUAUUUGAGGUCAUAGUUUUAAGUUGUAUUUUUAAAAAAAAUUUAAUUUUAAUUUAAUUUCACCAGCUGGCAUUGUACGUGGAGAUUGUGAGUGAAGAGAAACAUUUUUGGUGAGGUCUAUACUAUGUAGAUCAGAAUUAGAGUGAAAUAGUCUCGUGGGGCUGCUGAAUUUUACGCAGUCUCUGCAGAUGCUUCACUUGUAAUAAUAAUGAGGCUUAACUAAAGAGGAAGAUAAAGAUGAAUGAGUGGAAAUAAAAUUACAUGAGGAAAAGCAUUGCUCUGGAAA